AUGCCUUCUGCUAGGUUCUACUAUAUCGACGGUAAGAUAUCCACAUGCCGUCGGUGCAAACGAAAGAGAACACUAGAUGAGCCUCCUGAGCAUCUUCAAUUCAAGACAUGUUAUCGUUGCCGUAUGAUUGAAAGAGACCAGAAGAAGGUGAAUCAAGCCAGAAGAAGAGGUAGUAGCUCAAGACUCGAUUCUCCUUCUCUCUCUCAUUCGCAUCAUGCUCACAGAGAUAUAGCCAGUUCUUAUUACACACGUGGCGGGCCCACGGCUACAUCCCAUGCUCCUGCUGUUUUCAACCCGAUAGGUGCUGCAAAUUCUGUCGGGGAUGUGGGAGUUGUUAAUAGAAAUACUUCUUCCAGUCUACUGACAAAUGGUCUUAAUGUUCCUGACGUUAGUACUAUGAACUCUGACAACUUAAUCAACAUCAACCUUGCCAACAGUUUUGCUAGAGGCAACUCUGCAUACGUUUCAAAGGGUAACGGAGCAGGAAUUGUGACGCUUGAUGGUGCCUCUAUUUCAGCUGCCGCCGCUGCUGCUGCCGCCGUUCCUUCUACGUUUAACGCUCUCAACGUCAUUCCGCUUGGUAAUGCUGGUGAUGGUAGUGUCGCUCAUGGACGUGUCUCAUCCUUAACUCCUUCCAUCUUCAAUGAAGGCCUUUAUUCGUUCAACAUUAGAAGCAUAGAUUCAAAAUCAAAUCCGUUGAGUCUUCCCCAGGAACAGCAGACACUGAUCCAGCUGUCAUUUUUGACGAAAUUACACUAUGAUCAACGAUAUACAAACUCCCUUCAAUAUAGUGCGCUGGGUCUGCGAGCUGAUCAAUGUGUUAAUUGCUCUCGAAAUAUUGCGACACCCAAUGGAGGCAGGCAGCUUUGUGAUGGUUGUCUAUCCAGACCUUCUAUCGUUCAUAUUUUCAACUAUUACUUGACCGUUUUAAAACUCAAUAAGCGUCAGGACUUGUACAAAGUGAUAUUUGUCACGAGGAUUUCUGUUGACAAUCUCCUCAAGUCUUCGUUGAGUGCGGAUAGAUCCAGAUCGAACAUUAUCAACAAGCUUUACGAUAGAUUUAUUGAUCCAAUCAAUAAUGUCACUGGUGCUGAGUUCAUCUUCAUGAAAGAUGACAUAGAUCAUGAGACAAACGGCAAUAGUGAGAAGUCGUCCAAUCAUGCCCGGAUAUUUCCCGUGAUCAAACGAUUUUUAAAAUGUGCCAAAGAUCAUAGUUCAUUGACUACUGUGAAGGAAGAGAAUAUUGAUCCUGAAGCUCUUAAACUAGAAGGAUUUAAAGAAAACAUAUAUGUUCAAUCCUCAAAAUUGACACAUCGCGGUUGCAACUCGCUUAUAUUCUUAGACUAUGAUAUGAGAAAUGGGGAUUUAAUGAUUUGUUUCUCCCACCAAGUUCAUCAGUAA